GGAGGAGGAGGAGGAAGAGGAGGAGGAGGAGGAGGAGGAAGGGGGGAGGGAGGUUUGCCGCGCUCUCGCUGUCCCUCUCCCUCCUCUCCCUCCGGGCUCGCCCUCCCGCCAUGUUGUUGUGAGCCCCUCGCCGCGGCCGAGGGGGGGGUGGGGAGGCGGCAGGAAGGAGAAGGCGCCGAGAGGAGGAGGAGGAGGGAGGAAGGAGGAGGAGGAGGAGGAGGAGGAAGGAGGGCGAGGAGGAAGAAAGAGGGCGGGGGUGUCCCAGGGCCCGCUCCGGCUCCAUCACAGCGAGCAGCGCCGCCAGCCAGCCCGUCCGAUCUGUGGAUGAGAUGAAUCAUGAGUUUCAAGCUCUUGCCCUAGAAUCUCGGGGAAUGGGAGAGCUUUUACCUGCCAAAAAGUUUUGGGAACCUGAUGAUUCAGCAAAAGAUGGACAAAAAGGGAUAUUCCUUGGUGAUGAGUGGAGAGAGACUGCAUGGGGAACUCCUCACCAUUCUAUGUCCCAGCCUAUUAUGGUACAGAGAAAGCCUGGACAGGGUUUUCAUGGAAACAGUGAAGUAAAUGCUGUAUUGUCUCCGCGAUCAGAAAGUGGUGGCCUUGGAGUGAGCAUGGUAGAAUAUGUGUUAAGUUCCUCUCCAGCUGAUAAAUUGGAUUCCCGGUUUAGGAAAGGAGCUUUUGGCACUAGAGAUGCUGAAACAGAUGGACCUGAGAAAGGAGAUCAGAAAGGCAAGGCUUCUCCAUUUGAGGAGGACAAAAACAGAGAUCUUAAACAAGGAGAUGAUGAGGAUGUUACUAAAAUAAAUGGCAGAGGUUUGCCAAAUGGAAUGGAUGCCGAUUGCAAAGAUUUUAAUCGUACCCCUGGAAGUCGACAAGCCUCCCCAACAGAAGUAGCUGAACGCUUGGGUCCCAAUCCUAGCACCACAGAAGGAUUAGGUCCACUUCCCAAUCCUACAGCCCACAAGCCUCUGGUAGAAGAAUUUUCAAAUCCAGAAAAUCAGAAUCUAGAUGCCAUGGAACAAGUUGGUCUUGAUUCUCUACAAUUUGACUAUCCUGGCAAUCAGGUACAAAUGGACUCUUCGGGAGCUACCGUAGGACUUUUUGACUACAAUUCUCAGCAGCAGCUUUUCCAGAGGACUAAUGCUCUGACUGUUCAACAGUUAACAGCAGCCCAGCAGCAGCAAUACGCACUGGCUGCAGCUCAGCAGCCACACAUAGCAGGCGUAUUCUCAGCAGGCUUGGCUCCAGCUGCUUUUGUGCCAAACCCAUACAUUAUCAGUGCUGCUCCUCCAGGUACUGACCCAUACACUGCAGCUGGAUUAGCUGCAGCAGCCACCCUAGCAGGUCCUGCUGUGGUUCCACCUCAGUAUUAUGGUGUUCCAUGGGGGGUGUAUCCAGCCAAUUUAUUUCAGCAGCAAGCUGCAGCAGCAAAUACCACAGCAAACCAGCAAGCGGCUUCACAGGCACAACAGGGACAGCAACCGGUUCUGCGUGCUGGAGCAACUCAGCGCCCGCUUACUCCCAAUCAGGGUCAGCAAGGGCAACAGGCAGAGUCACUUGCAGCAGCUGCAGCAGCAAAUCCAGCUUUGGCUUUUGGUCAGGGUCUUGCUACAGGCAUGCCAGGCUAUCAAGUGCUAGCUCCCACUGCCUAUUACGAUCAGACUGGUGCCUUAGUAGUAGGCCCUGGAGCAAGAACUGGCCUUGGAGCACCAGUCAGAUUGGUGGCCUCAACCCCUGUUAUAAUCAGUUCUGCAGCGGCACAAGCAGCUGCAGCUGCUUCAGCUGGAGGAACAGCAAACAAUCUCGCGGGAGCCACGAAUGGUCUAUUUCGGCCCCUUGGUGCCCAGCCACAACAACAGCAACAGCAAACAAAUAGUAGCCUACAAUCCAAUUCAUUUUAUGGCAGUAACUCUUUGACCAAUAACUCCCAAAACAGUUCCCUUUUUUCCCAUGGUCCUGGCCAACCAGGAAGUACAUCUCUUGGCUUUGGAAGUAGCAGCUCUUUAGGAGCAGCUAUCGGCUCUGCACUUGGUGGAUUUGGCUCAUCAGUUGGCAGUUCUGCAAGUAGUAGUGCCACAAGGAGAGAUUCUCUAUCUACUAGCUCUGACUUGUACAAAAGAUCUAGUAGCAGCCUAGCACCCAUAGGGCAGCCAUUUUACAAUAGUCUGGGAUUUUCCUCCUCUCCAAGUCCAAUAGGCAUGCCUCUGCCAAGCCAAACUCCAGGACAUUCACUUACGCCACCGCCAUCACUUUCAUCACAUGGAUCCUCAUCCAGUUUGCAUUUAGGAGGACUGACAAAUGGUAGUGGUCGCUAUAUUUCUGCAGCACCUGGAGCAGAAGCAAAGUAUCGCAGUGCGGCAAGUACCUCCAGUCUUUUUAGCUCCACCAGUCAGCUCUUCCCUCCUUCACGCCUUCGUUACAGUAGGUCUGAUAUUAUGCCUUCUGGACGCAGUCGCUUGCUGGAAGAUUUCAGAAAUAAUCGCUUCCCUAAUCUUCAGCUAAGAGACCUUGUUGGACAUAUUGUUGAAUUUUCUCAAGAUCAGCAUGGUUCUAGAUUUAUACAGCAAAAGCUAGAGCGAGCUACUCCAGCUGAGCGCCAGAUGGUAUUUAAUGAGAUCUUGCAAGCAGCAUAUCAAUUGAUGACUGAUGUGUUUGGAAACUAUGUAAUACAGAAGUUCUUUGAGUUUGGAAGCCUGGAUCAAAAGUUAGCCCUAGCAACACGCAUACGUGGUCACGUUCUGCCAUUAGCCCUACAGAUGUAUGGCUGUCGUGUUAUUCAGAAAGCACUUGAGUCUAUCUCACCUGACCAGCAGGUAAUUAACGAAAUGGUGAAAGAGCUGGAUGGUCACGUUCUGAAAUGUGUGAAAGAUCAAAAUGGAAACCAUGUUGUCCAAAAAUGUAUUGAGUGCGUUCAGCCGCAGUCGCUCCAGUUCAUCAUUGAUGCAUUCAAAGGACAGGUAUUCGUACUUUCUACUCAUCCAUAUGGUUGUAGAGUAAUUCAGCGUAUUCUGGAACACUGCACGGCUGAGCAGACUUUACCAAUCUUAGAAGAACUGCAUCAGCACACAGAACAACUAGUACAGGAUCAAUACGGAAAUUAUGUUAUUCAACAUGUACUGGAGCAUGGUCGUCCUGAAGACAAGAGUAAAAUCGUUUCAGAAAUAAGAGGAAAAGUUCUUGCUCUGAGUCAGCACAAAUUUGCCAGCAAUGUGGUAGAAAAAUGUGUAACUCACGCUUCUCGUGCUGAAAGAGCUUUACUUAUCGAUGAGGUCUGCUGCCAGAACGAUGGUCCUCACAGUGCCUUAUACACCAUGAUGAAGGACCAGUAUGCCAACUAUGUUGUUCAGAAGAUGAUUGAUAUGGCUGAACCUGCUCAGCGGAAGAUCAUAAUGCACAAGAUUCGACCCCACAUCACAACUCUGCGUAAAUACACCUAUGGCAAACACAUUCUGGCCAAGUUGGAAAAGUAUUACCUGAAGAACAGCGCUGAUCUGGGGCCAAUUGGUGGACCACCAAAUGGGAUGCUGUAAAAGACAAAAAGAAAAAAAAAGAGGAAAUGGAAAAAAAAUUUAUUGUGAAUGAUCAAAACAUACAACUUAACUAUAAAUGUUCUGAUUUUUUUAAAUCUAUUUAUUGACUUUGUUCAUCCAUUUGUAAAAUUUUUAUUCUUUUGUAUAUUUUUGGGGAGUGAAUUAUAAAAAAUAAAAAAAAAAAUCUCCAGCCCUGAUCCGGAGACCUAUCAGAUUGGACGGCUGGCAAAGCACAGAAUGCCUGUAUAUGAUGUAAUUGUAUCAAAAUAGCUGUCACAUAUUUUGUAAAUUUUUACCUUGUAAAGUCACUGAAAUAGUUUUUAAAGGGAAAAAGUACAGUAUUCUUUUAAUACACUGGCUUGCAAUCUGGUAGGUCUACUCAACAUCAUAGCACAACAGGUUUAUAGAGUUGUAUAUAGAACUGAUCCUUAUUUUUCCCUUUCGUGUGAAGUCUUUUAUACCAGAUUAAAAUUGAUCAGCUGCAUAAACAUUAUUUAACACGUCCAAAAGUUAAGUUGUGUUUUGGUGGUUCACAACAUACUAUUCAAAAAAUAAACUGGGCACAGCAAAUUAAAAUAGGGAGUAAUGAAACAAUGGAGACUUUAAAAGACAGUUUUCACCACUUUGUGGACACACUUUUUUUUUCCUUUUUUUUAAAUUAGUGCCCUAAGGUUUUCUCUAGCGAUGUAUUAAAACUAAAAGUGCUGUAUAUACUUAUAUAUUUAAUUGUUGUACAAGGUAGAGGAAUAAAAUGAUGGUGGUACUUCCAUUCAGUAAAGUACACUGUUGGAAAAGGAGUGAACCCUGUAUUAACUUUACAGUCGGUUUUACAAUGCAGGAAGAGUAGAGAUUUGUAUUUUUUUAUUUUGCAUAUAGAAUUGUAAGGAUUUGAAAGUGUUGAGCAUUUAUUUUGCUUUCUCACUGUAGAUGCAAAAAAUAGGUAUUGAUGAAGAGAAAAGGGGCCACUGAAAAGUAAACUUGAUAGCUCAACAUUUAAGCAUGAUUGAUUAAAUAUCCAGAUAGCUUUUUUGCUUCCUAUAAAUAUAUGCAUUGUAUACGUGUAGUUAAUAGGUGUAAGUUUACAGUUUGAAAACAAAUCUCUUGUUUCGAUGUUUAUUACAAGCCUUGCUAAUUUAGUAGUGAUGCUUACCUUGGUUGUACAGAUGUACAUUUGUAAACCUUCAUGCUGUAAAUGUAAUUUGUUUUACCCUUUUUGGGACAAAAAUUUGCAUUUUAGUGUAUAUUCAUAUCCCCCUUCCCUUUUCUCCCCCUGGCAUAUAGUGUUGUAUAAUGUAAAUUUAUUUCAGCAAAUCAAGAGUGAUUUUUUUAAAUUCUAUCUUUAUAUGGUUUCAGAAAUAUGAACUGGCUUUCUUUUUAUCUAUUGUGAGAAACAUGAUGUUUUGUUUAUAACAUAGCUGUUGAUUCUGUUAAUAUGGACACUUUGGGAAAUCAAUCUGUUCAAAUUUUAAGUUGGGAUAAUAAGCAUAGCAAGAAAGAAAUGGACUGAAAUACUUGGUUAUCGCAGAAACCAAUGCUUCUUCCAUCUUAAUAAAUGUGGCAUGAUUUUUUUGUACAGAAGAGUACUGUAUUUUUGAAUAGCCUUCUCCCAGCGUAAAGCAAAUAUGUAUGAUACUGUCAAUUUUUUUCUCUGGACAUAUGACAUUGUAACAGUAACAUAAAGAUGAUGUACAUUUACAAGCGGCCUUAUGUACAUUUCCCAAUGAUCUUUUUAAGGCAGAGUUGUGACCAUAUGUGUAUAAUUAAAAUCCUUUUUAAUCCUUUGCCUAUGGAAAUAUUUUGGAAAAAAAAAAAAAAA